CCCCGACCCCCUGCCCUGGAGGAGCGUGGGCGAAGGGUCCAAGCGGGGCAUCGUCCCCAUGGAGUUCUGCUCCGUGCGUGGGAGGCUUUGAGCUCGUGUGCGCAUCCCUGAUCGAGCCCCCAUCUGGCAGCGGGUGGGCGGCGCGCCACGCAGCCACAAUGGCCGGCAACAUUUUUGGAGGUGUGGGCGUUGAAAAGGCUGCGAGCGCAGGCCGGGCUCGUCCGGCACUUCUAACGGACUUCGGGAACCUUCUACGACUCGGAGGGGGUCAAAGUGUGGACAAGAGCAGUAAAUUCAGGCCGCUCUGGUCGUCUGUAAGGCCCGACGAGUAUUCACCUCCAUGCGCAUUGACACUUGCUUAGCUAGGUCCAGCGCUUCUGGUACAGAACGCAAUAUCGUGCAACUCUUGAAAUAUCAGUCAAAAUGCUCGAAAAUGGCAAGCACUUCUUCUUCUUCUUCUUUCGGCUUGUCCCGUUAGGGGUCGCCACAGCGUGUCCUCUUUUUCCAUCUGAGCCUAUCACGCGCAUCCUCCUCACGAACACCCGCUGUCCUCAUGUCCUCCCUCACAACAUCCAUCAACCUUUUCUUUGGUCUUCCGCUCGCUCUCUUCCCUGGUAGCUCCAUCCUUACCGUCCUCCUACCAAUUUCCUCCCUCUCUCGCCUGUGGACAUGUCCAAACCAUCGAAGUCUGCUCUCUCGUACCUCGUCUCCAAAACAUCCAGCUUUGGCUGUCCCUCUAAUGAGCUCAUUUCUAAUCCUAUCCAAGCUGCUCACUCCGAGCGAGAACCUCAACAUCUUCAUUUCUGCCACCUCCCAGUUCUGCUUCCUGUUGUUUCUUCAGUGCCGCCGUCUCUAAUCCGUACAUCAUGGCCGGCCUCACCACUGGUUUAUAGACUUUGCCCUUCAUCCUAGCGGAGACUCUUCUGUCACAUAACACACCAGACACCUUCCGCCAACAGUUCCACCCCGCUUGGACCAGUUUCUUCACUUCCUUACCACACUCUCCAUUGCUCCGUAUUGUUGACCCCGAGUAUUUGAAGUUGUCCACCCUCGCCAUCUCUUCUCCCUGGAGCUUUACUCUUCCUCCUCCGCCCCUCUCAUUCACGCACAUAUAUCCUGUUUUACUUCGGCUAAUAUUCAUUCCUCCCCUUUCCAGUGCGUACCUCCGUCUUUCUAACUGUUCCUCCGCCUGUUCCCUGCUUUCACAUCAUCUGCGAACAUCAUGGACCAGUCUAACCUCGUCUGUCAGGCUAUCCAUUACUACCGCAAACAAGAAGGGGCUCGGCGUGGAACCCUGAUGCAGUUCCACCUCCACCUGGCACUUAAUGAGCUAAUUAGUUUGGAAGCCUCAAGCAAAUGAAGGUUUCUUUUUCGUGAAACAAUCAGAUGGGACGACAGCCGGUCUUCGCCAUUGGUCGCCGCGCGUAAGGUUGGCCGACGCGCCAUUUGAGCGGGUUUUUCGGCGCUCGCGAGAGAGGCGAGGUCGGGGUGUCCGUAUUUAGAAGACAACGUCAGGGAUAACCAAGCGUCACUUUUUUGGAAUCUGUUGCAAAUUUCUUCAGACCUCGUCUGGAUCACCCUCGGAAAGUUUUGCCUUCUCGACGAAGACUUCAAGACUGGUAAUAUGGCUGCCCCAAAUGAAGUUUUAGGGGCUUGAUGACAUUUUUUGAUCUAUUGGAUUUUUCUCCAUGUGCUGAAUUUAACUUUUCCCCAAAAACCAACACAAACGCAUCCACGAGUUCCUUUUUUUUGGCUUCCGGUCCAAACGUGUCACGUGUUCCAGUCCACCAGAGGGAUCUGUGAGCUGAAGUGCCAGCGGCGUUGCCGCGAAUGUAUCAAGACAAGAGCGCGAUGGCUUUGAGUUGUCGGACUCGUUUAUGCACUUGUAUCCGCAACUCAAAAUUUUUAUCGGGAUCUUUCCAGUUAGCGUUAUAUGUAAAGGACCCAUAUUUAUUGUAUACUACCCUCUCUCCAAUUGUUUGAAUGAAAUAUUUCCUCUUUUUGACGUUUGGGUUAUGAUGUACGAUCGGCAACGUUGCCCUCACCCAUCCGUCUGUCUGUCUGUCGUGCGUCCAGGUGAGCGCCAACCGGCGGACUACGCGGCGAGUGCACGUGUGGCCCCCGCGCCGUUCGGCGUGGACAAAGGUCGUCCGCGGGGUGACGGCGCCAUGGCGCACGGCCAGCCCGACGCGGGCCACGUGUACGCGCACGCGCACCUCCACCCGGCCCCGCCCUCGUACCCGUGCGGCGUCGACGUGUACCACCAGGACCCGGGCAACAACGGGGGGUAUCUUGCCACGCCCCCCUGCGGCGUGGCAUCCUAUCACGCGGCCCCUUCGUACAACUCUGCGCCCAAACCUCCACUCGUGCCCGACUACGGGGCGGCGGGGGGUCUGUACCUACCUCAGGCCCCCUUCCCUGAGCGCAAGUCGGUGUCGGCGUACGGUUUGGACUCGCUCCGCACGGCCCCCCCGCUCACCCCUCUCAAUACCAUUCGGAAUUUCACCCUAGGCCCACCGCCGCCGCCGCUGCCUUCCGGAGCUGCCGAGGGCCCGCUCGCUGCCGGCUUCCCGGCCCAUCAGAACCUCCCGCUCAGACCCAUCCCGCGGCCCCGCAAGUACCCGUGCCGGCCCGGCAAGACGCCCGUGCACCAGCGACCCUACGCCUGCCCGGCCGAGGGCUGCGACCGGCGCUUCUCGCGCUCGGACGAGCUGAGCCGCCACCUGCGCAUCCACACGGGCCACAAGCCCUUCCAGUGCCGCAUCUGCUUGCGCGCCUUCGGCCGCAGCGACCACCUGACCACGCACGUGCGCACGCACACCGGCGAGAAGCCCUUCUCCUGCGAAACCUGCGGUCGGAGAUUCGCCCGCAGCGACGAGAGGCGGCGCCACUUCAAGAUACACCUGCGCGGCAAAGGUCCCGCCCCCUGACCCGACGACCUUCCUUGCGUUCCAAAGCCAGCUUUCGCACCGUGGGCGUAAUCCGCGACGACUUUCUGACUACUUGAAUUUACCGGGGCUGAAACUUGAGACUUGAAUCAUUGUUUUGUAUUUGUAAGGUGUUUAAAAUAUGGUGAAAAUUGUCGGGGAUUCCUUUGACAAUAGCUUAGGUGUCGUUUAUCGUCAUUCCCGGCCUACAGGUCCCACCUGGUUAUUAGCCUCACCCGGUACAAUUAUGCAAAGGAAAUACCAUUUGGUACAUACGUACGCCGCAGCUGUGCAAAAGCCGCAAGUGCCCACAUUGAAACCCACAUUCAAACACGAGAUACAGUAUUUACAAAGACGGUACACAGAGCUUAACACUAGCACCGCCGGGCUAAUGCUAACGCCGCGCUAGUGCUGGGCAAAGACUAACGUCGGACUGACACUAACACUAGCGUUGAAACACGAGAUAGAUACAAAGAGAGUACACAGAAUUUAACGCUAGUGCCUCCACGCUAAUGCAAACGCUAGCACGAUACUAACGCUAGUGCCCCACUAACCCUCGCAUUGAAACAUGAGAUAUUUACAAAGAAACGCAAAUGCUGGCGCCGCACUAAAACAAGCACCGGGGUAACAAUAACGCCGGGCUGACGCUGACGCUUGCGCAGGAUUAACGCUAGCACCGCGCUAACAGGACCGGUUAAUAAAAAUAAAUAAAAAAAUACCGGUAAAAAUCACUGAGACACGGCAGUAACGCACUAGCUCAACGCUAACGGGGCCAAACCGGUAAAAGUCACUUCCUCGGCACAUAUACUCCACCGGUCUCACUCUUACCUUUUCCGCUCGAGUGCCCCCUUGCGGCCGUUAGAAAAAAAUUAGCCUCAUCACCGCAUAAACCGCAAGGUUGAAAGUGUGUGAAAAAAGUCACGGUUUACAGGCGGGAAAUUACGCUAAUUGUUGCAGCUCUAAGUAAUGACAUUCUGGAGUAUUCAAGUAUCCGUAUUGCAAUUCCGUUUAGUUGAAACACGAGAGAGACGAGAAACUCACUUUUGGAGAUCUCGGCAGCUGGGGCUCGAUCAUCGCACACAUCCGCAAUUCGGGCGAGGGAAUGACGCGCGUCUGGAACGCAGUUGUACACAUCGGUCACUCCAGCUUGACAUAUC